UACAAAUAAUUGAAUAAGAAAAAUCUGAGUACCUGUGGAAGGGUGUGAAGAGUCAGAAAGAAAAAUCCCAUUCCUCUUUCUUCUUAUCUUCUUCUUCUUUCUUAUUGGAUUUGCAAUCUGUGGUGAAAUCUGGGAUCUGCGUGAGUUUGAGAGAGAGAGAUCGGAGUUAGGUUAAUCGGAAUCGAAGAGCGUUUCAAUGUCGGAAGGGUUCGCGAUCGAACUGUACUUGGAUCCGGCGUUGGAGAAUCAGGUGCUGAAGGCGUGGAACAUUCUCGCGCGCCGACAAAUCACCACUCACCUCAUCGAGAUGGAGUCGCGCCCUCACAUAACGCUCUUCUCCGCCCCCUUUCUAGAACCUUCCAAGCUCGAAUCGCUUCUCAGAACCUUCGCAUCCAAGCACGAUCCUCUCUUUCUCUCCUUCUCCUCCGUCGGCACCUUCCCCAACCACGCCGACAACCUCCUCUUCCUGGCGCCCACGCCCUCCCUCUCCCUCCUCCAAUUCCAGUCCCACCUCUGCGACGCCAUCAGAAAAGAAGGUAUUGAGAUCUCCGACGACUUCGCCUUCAAUUCCUGGAUACCUUACUGCUCGGUUGCACACCAUGUCCCCAAAAACAGAAUGCCCGAGGCUUUCUCUCUUUUGCGGGAACUUAAACUGCCGGUUUCUGGUUACGCUACGGACAUCGCGCUCGUGCAGUUCUCUCCGGUUCGUGAACUCUUCUCCUCUGUGCUCGGUAAUAAUGUAGAAUCCUGACCUAAGGUUAUGCCUAAGUACACCGCAGUUGCUAGUUUUUUUUUUAUUUGUUUGUUAAUGUUAAGUUAGUGAUAUUGUAUUAGAUUAUUAACUGCGUUUGAUUGUUUCGAACUGAGAAUGGCUUGGGAGGGUUUUGGUUCCUCCUGAAAUUCUCUUGCUGUAAUGAUUUAUGGUGUUAGGUAACACCAAAUUCGAUAGAUGAACUUUGUGAAUUUAUCUCUGCUAUUUGCUCCCUUGUU